AUGGAUAAGAAACUCGAGAAAUUAGAGCAAAUGCAAAAGGACAUGCAAGAACAAAUGCAGUCUCAGAUGGAAGAGCAGCUAGCCAAAAUUCAACGAGGGAUGAAGGAGCAAAUAAUGGAGUCUCAGAGAGAGAUGACGUCCCAGUUAUCCAAAUUACUGUUGAGAGCAAAUAAUGAAGAUCUCCAAUACCCCUCUGGCUUUACUCUAAUGCAUAUACCGAUGAAGCCCGAGAUUAACCUACAAAAACCAUCGAUCACAAUCAUGGCCCAGCAAGUUCAGUCGAACUAUCCGCCUAUUCCCGACUUGGAUGAAGUGGCUGAAGAGGAAAAGGUAAGGAUGGAUUCGCAAAAACAAUUAGAAGAACGGUGUAGAUGGCUUGAAGAGAAAUUUAAAGUCAUGGAGAGCGCGGAUCAUCAUCAAGGGAUUGAUGCCAAGGAUCUGAGCCUGAUCCCAGAUUUAGUCUUCCCCCCUAAAUUCAAAAUGCCUGAAUUCGAGAAAUACAAUGGAACAAGUUGCCUUGAAGUCCACAUCACCAUGUUUUGCAGGCGAAUGACGGGAUAUGUUAACAAUGACCAGCUACUAAUCCACUGCUUUCAAGAUAGUCUGGUUGGAGCAGCGUCUAAGUGGUACAACCAACUGAGUCGAGCCAAGAUUAACUCAUGGAAGAACCUGGCUCAGGCCUUUAUGAAGCAAUACAAUCAUGUGACGGACAUGACCCCCGACAAGAUCACUCUCCAGAAUAUAGAAAAAAAGUCAAAUGAAAGUCUCAGACAGUAUGCACAAAGGUGGAGAGAGGUGGCCAUCCAAGUUCAGCCACCACUUCUAGAAAAAGAGACAACAAUACUCUUUAUUAACACCUUGAAAGCCCCUUUUAUCACUCAUAUGUUGGGAAGCGCCACCAAGAGCUUCUCUGACAUAGUGAUGACGGGAGAAAUGAUCGAAAAUGCUGUAAGGAGCGGCAAGAUAGAAUUGGGAGAGAGUGCUAAGAAGUCAGUCCCGAGGAAAAGGGAUAAUGAAGUGAACAACACGAGCACAUUCAACAAGGGGCAGUCCAAAUCAUUUACCGUAAAUCAACCCAAAAUGGUAACCACCAAUCAACAAAGCCCUGAAUCCAAUGCAAGGAAGAACACAGAAAGGCCACAAUUCACCCCUAUACCUAUGACGUAUAGGGAGUUGUACCAGAACCUGUUCAACACUCAUGUGGUAUCCCUUAACUACCUGGAGCCACUGCAGCCCCCGUAUCCCAAAUGGUAUGACACAAACGCCCAAUAUGAAUACCAUGCGGGAAUUACCGGGCAUUCAAUCGAAAAUUACACUGCAUUCAAGAAAGUGGUCGAAAGACUCAUUAAGGUGGGAAUCGUGAGAUUUGAUGACUUAGCCAUGCCCAAUGUAGCAGGAAACCCACUCCCCAAUCACACCGAUCAAGGAGUGAACGGGAUAAGCGAAGGAAAAAAUAAGAAGAUUAAGUGUAAGGUUGCGAAAGUCAAGACUCCGUUGAGACAAGUGCGGAGGGAGAUGGUCAUGAGAGGUUUGAUAGCGUUGGAUUUGGGAAGAGAAUCCAAAGAAGAGAUGAACUACUGCGAGUUCCACAAUGAGGUGGGGCAUGAAAUCCAAAAGUGUGUGGAGUUCAGGGCCCUAGUGCAGAACAUGAUGAACAAUAAGGAAAUAGAAUUCUAUGAAGAGACUAAAAACCCCGUAGAGGGAGACAUAUGUGCGUCGGAGGGAGAGUCGACGGUACAAAAUCAAACAGUUAACUACCCCGUGGUUAUCAUAUCGAGACCCAAAAAUAAUGAAGCUAGAGUUCAACUACCACCAAGGGUCAUAAUCCAAAUACCUACAGUCUUUCCUUACAAAGAUAGCAAAAGGGUCCAAUGGAAUUAUAAUUGUAAUGUGACAAUUCCGGGGAAGCAAAGCCUGGUCGACACUUUAAAAGAGGACCAAGAUAGGGGCUCCUAUACACGUAGUGGGAGACGUUACAAUACAACGAGUGAGAAGGCACAGCCCGUAAAAGGAAAAGCCCUAGUGGUCGAAGGGCUGAAGGAAAAAGCGACCAAAUCUGAACUUCCUGCCAAUGAGCUAGUUAACGAAGAAGAGGCUAAGGAGUUUUUAAAAUUCCUAAAGCAUAGUGAAUACAGCAUGGUGGAACAGCUACGUAAACAACCAGCUCGUAUCUCAGUGCUGGCCUUACUUCUAAGCUCGGAAGUUUAUCGCAGCGCGCUAAUAAAGGUCUUAAAUGAAACGUAUGUUGCCAAUGAUAUCUUCGUUAACAAACUGGACCGAUUGGUUAGUAACAUAAGUGCCGACAAUUAUAUCUUCUUCAAUGAAGAUGAGAUACCACCCGAUGGCAUGGGGUCGACUAAAGCAUUGCACAUUACCACGCGCUAUAAAGGGUAUACGCUGCCAGACGUACUGAUUGACAACGGAUCGGCUUUGAACAUCCUGCCAUUGACCACACUAAACAGAUUACCUGUAGGCAGCUCUCACAUGAAGGAGUGUCAGAACAUAGUGAAGGCAUUUGACGGCACGGAGAGAAAUGUGAUGGGCAGAAUCGAGGUACCUCUUCAGAUUGGGCCAAACAUAUAUGAGGUGGAUUUCUUUGUAAUGGAUAUCAAGCCCUCAUAUAAUUGCUUAUUGGGGAGGCCUUGGAUACAUUCAGUUGGGGCAGUGCCUUCUUCGUUACAUCAAAAGUUGAAGCUGGUAUCAGAGGGGAGGUUGAUAACGAUCAAUGCUGAAGAGGAUAUCAUUGCAACUGUGAGCAAUAAUGCGUCCUAUUUAGAGACAGAUGACGAAGCAAUCGAAUGUUCAUUUCGAUCUUUAAAAUUUGUUAAUGUAACCUUCAUCGCCGAGGGAAGCAAAAUUCUGGAGAAGGGAGCUGGGAAAGAAGCAAGAAAGAAGAAGAACUUGAUUAACGGAGGAGGAAAUCAAGUGGGAACCAAUGACAUUCCCCCAUAUAUCAAAAACAUUUGUAUCCGGGGGAAUCAUUCAUCCCGAGAGAGACAUACCAAUGAUGAGAGCUAUAGAAGAAAGGCUGGAAAGCUUGAACAUCAACGUCAUAUGCGAAGAGGAGACUGGAGGAGAGAAUUUGUCGGGCAUUUGCCUCUGCACGCCUGGAUGUGUUCUGGACAACUGACUGCGGAAGAGAUUCCUGUAGCUUUUAGAAUGGAUUCAGAGUAA